UUUUUUCCUUUGGUAAAUGAGCGCGCGGAGGUUUUCCCCCAUUCGUUUUUCUACAGGUUUCCUUUUAGUUUCUGUUUUUUAAAAAUACCUCCGAGAUAUUUGCAUGAAGGCAUUUCUUUUUUGCUUUUUACUACUUAAUGAUUUUUUAAUUCCAAAAACUGUAUAUAAUUUAAAUUUUUGUCUGGAAUGUUUCGACAAAAUUCCUCUAUUGAAAUUUAAAGAAAAAUUUUAUUUUUAGAUUAUUUCCCUUAUUAUUUUAUCAAUUAAUGCAUAAAUUUUUUGACUGGCUUCGAGGAGAGAAGAUAUCCAAUGAUUAUGAGCAUCAUCAUCGUUUGUCUAGUAAACGUUGGAAAAGUUCAGAAAAAUUAAAAAACUCCAAAUACAAUAAAAAUGGGGGAAGGAAUAGUGGAGGAGAUAUUGGAUUUGUUGAACAUUUUGACAAAGUUGCCAUUGCCUCAACUUCGUCUCCUGCAAAUUUGUCAGCUUUGGGAAAGAAUGGAACUAUUAAUUCAAAUAAUGACUCAAUUCGUCACCGUAAUAAAAAUUCUGAAAGAGUUUCAAGCCAUAAUAUAAAUAAUAAUAGGUUGGAAUACGGUGAAGAUGAUGAUGUUAACUCUAAAAUAACAAAAAAUAGAAUUAAACCUUCCUUCUUGUCAUCAUCAGUAAAACAUCGAAAACCUCAAAGUGUCAAAAAGAAGCGAGGUAAUGAAGCAGCAACAACUGAGGACAUUCCCGACCCCUACAAGGAUGGAAGUUCUGGAUUAGAUAAAAAAUCAAAAUCUGCCAAUGAAAUGUCUCAAUCAAAAAGGCCUGGAUUCCUUCAGAGAAUCCGUCAAAGAUUAAGUUCAAAAAGUGUAAUAAACCAAGAAAAACGAUUAAAUGAAAGAGAAAGGAAUGAACAAAAUAAUGAUGAAGAUAUCAAAGUUUUGAGGCCACAAUUGUUAAAUGAAGAGAAUAGAAUGGAGGAGAAGAACCGUCAACAAAAACAAACUUUACAAUAUCAACGUUCAGAAGAUAUUGAUGCUCUUUCACAGGGUCGUUGUUCUUCCUUUGAUUAUUUUUCUGCAACAGCAUCACCUACUGACCAAACAUUAUUAAAUACUGAACGGGAUGAUUUAACACGAAAAGAAAAUGAAAUGCCAUCACCUUUACACGGAAUAUUAGAAAACAAAAAUAAUAAAAAACAAAAAGAGGAAGAAGAAAAAAGGUUUGCAACAGCAUCAGAGGCACGAGCUUAUUUACGGAGACAAAUUGCUUCAGAGAAUGGUUGCUCUAGAGUCCGAUUUGAGGGGGAAACUGAAGAAGAGGAAGCGGCAUUUGAUGCUGAUGAUGAAAUUUCAAAUCGUUUAACAACUUCAUCAACAAUUAAUGACUCAAUUUAUCAAUUACAACGACCCCAAUCUUCCUUGUCAACUUCAGGGACUGGGCCACAUCAUCAACGGGAAUCUAUUUAUUUUACUGUUGUCCAACAACCAACACAUUUAUCCCCUCCAUCAACCUCCCCCCAACCCGAAAGAAAAUCCGUCACUGCAAAAAUUAAUGUUAACAAGAAAAAUCGUUAUAGUGGAGAUUUUUCCCCUCUUGUUGGAAGUGUUAAUAUAAUUGAACAAUCAAAUAAAGAAGAAGAACAACAACAAAAAAUAAAAAAUAGGCAACAACAAUUGUCAAUUCAACGUUCAAAAUCUCAACAAAUUUUGACUAAAUUAACUCCAACAACUUCGGAAUUGUUGCCUGAUGAUUCUAAUAAUAAUGAAGGGCAAAACGAUUCUCCACCAGUGAUGCAAGGCUCGGAACCUGGGUCAAUUAAAGUAAGCAGGCGGCAAUUAAGAUUUGUUAUACCUCAGGUAUCCAUCUGUUCAGCUGAUCGUUCAUCAACUGCUGAACCUGUCGAAUUAUUAGAAAAGGAAUCAAAUAAUCAACAACAACAACAAAAUAGCCAACAACAAAAACCAGAAGUAAACAAUUCUGUUGUUUCUACUAUAUUACCUCCACUUUUACCUCAAAUGUUUGGAGGGAUUGGUGUUGCUCCUGAAUGUGAGGAGGAAUUGAAACGAGCACUUUCUGAAAUGGAUAGAAAGGAAUUAACUUUGGCUCAGAGAAGACAAAGCAAUUUAGAUGUAAUCCAUCAAGCAAGUGGUCGACGUACAUCGACAACACUAAUUCCAUUAACACCUGCACAAAUUCAUUUAAUUCGCUCUUUGUGGCGUCAGGUUUACCUUAGCAAAGGCCCAACUGUUAUUGGUUCUCAAAUAAGUCAUCGGUUAUUCUUUAAAGAGCCUCAAAUUCGUGAGCAGUUUAGAAGAUGUCCCCUUCCUCAUCAAUAUGUUAAUCACGAUAGUUUUUCAAAGGCACAUUGUCGGCAUAUUUCUGAGCUUGUUGAUCAGGCAGUAGUUGAAAGCUUGGAUGAUUUGGAAAAUGUUAGUGCAAUGCUUGAACGUAUAGGACGAGCUCAUGCACGCAUAUCUGGUGGUCAAUUAUCAAGCAAAAUUUGGAAUUCUGUCGCCGAAACUUUUAUUGACUGUACUCUUGAAUGGGGGGAUAGACGAGCUCGCAGCGAAACUGUCCGAAAGGCAUGGGCUCUUAUUAUUGCCUUUAUGAUUGAACGUAUUAAAUAUGGACAUUUGGAAGAGAGAAGACAAAUAACAGCAAUUCGCUCUACAAUAGCCUCGUUGGAACGAUUCGCUGUUGGAGGAGGGGGCGAAGGUGGUAUUAGUUGUUCCGCCUCUGCAACACCUCUUUCUACUCCUAUAGCAACCCAAAGAAAAAAUUCUGGUAAUGAAGCAUUAAAUGACAGUCAUCUACCUGUUCCUGUUUGUCCAAUUAGAAGAGUUUCUGCUUCUACAACUUUUAAUAACAAUACAACGCCUUCGUCUUCCUUAAAACAACAAAACAAUAGAAACAGCACAAUAAGUGCAGUUGUUACCAGUACAAUUGCGUCAAUUGCCUCUCCAGUUGCAAGCAGAAGAAAAGUUGCUACAACAGCGGCCCCUUUAAAUUCACGUUCCCCAAAAGCCCAACAAUCUCCAACUAAAACACGAACAAAAGCAAUGACAACUGCUCGAACAGUAGGUGGACGUUCAUCUUCUGAUGUACAAGAGAGGAGAUUAGCAGAAGGAAAAACAACAACAACAACCACAAAUCCUUCUUCAGUCAGAAGCAAAGGAAGAAAUGAAGAAAAGAAUGUUUCUGGUAAACAUACAAAUGUUUAA